AUGUUAUCCUUAGUCAAUACAAAAAUAUCUUCAUUACGGGGAGGUGGUUGUGGAUCUUUUAGAAUGAAUCCAAGAACAUAUGAAAACUUACAGUCAGAUAUUUAAGAUAUAGACAAUUUCAUUACCAAAUUUAGUUCUUUUGUUGAAAUAAUUUGUGCUAAAGCUGACGUUGCAAUCAAUUCAAUAGAAUCUUAAGAAAUAAUGAUAGCCAUAUAAUGGUUUAUUUUUUAAGAGGAAAACAUAUACAAACUCAAUAAGAAUCCCUAAAAUAUCAUGAAAUCAUACAACCUGAUUGUAGAGGGUAUCCGAAAAUUAUUGAAAAGUUGUUAAAUCUAUAUUAGAACAGACUAGUUUAAAUGUUUGUAUAUCUUAUAGAUUACAGCAUCUCUAUCCAAAGUGAUCUUUAGUUUUCAUGUAAUGAAUAGCGAUAGAAUUAUGAAUUUUGAUUUAUAAAAGGAAUUUUUAGACAUUUCUGAUGACUUAAAAUAAUAUAUAGAAAUAGAGAAGAAUGAUUUGAUUUAAAUUUAAAUGGAAGUUUAUCUUUUCUUAACAAAAACUUCUUUCGAAAUAGUUCCAAAUAAUAGUAAAGAAAGGUAAGAUAUUGUAAAAGGAUUUGUAAGUGGUAUAUUUGAUUCGUUAAUACAAAUGAAACCUAAUGCAGAAUUACUUAAAUUUUUAUUUAAGGUAGUCCACUAAAUGCACAACAUUUAUAAAAUUAAAAACAAUCGAAAACAAUAUGAAGUGUAUUUUUAAAUAGACAUGUUAUAAUGGGAAAUUAUAGAUUUUUUUAGAAAUGAAAAAUAACUAAUACUAAAUGAAAUAAUUUUACAAAUUUAGUUAAUAUAUGAUGAUCUGGUGAAAAAUUCAAAAAAUUGGAUAAAUCAUUUUUUGUGGAUUUAAAUGAUUGGGAAAAUCUUAAUAUUUAAUCCUCUUUUAACAAAACAAAGAUUAAAUUAGUUAAUGAACUCUAAUGAUUUUGGAGUCAAUUCAAAGUAAAUGUGGAAGGAAUAUCAGAAGAAAGGAUUACUUAUUAAAAUGGACCAUACAAAUGACUAAGCUGUCAUUUUACUUAGUUAAGUUUAAAAGAAUAAACUGAUAGAACUUGAUAGAUAAGUGUUAGAAGAAAGUUUCAAAGGAUGGGAAGACUUUCUUAUAUUUAAACAAUAUUUCAUUGGUGAAUUAAAUGAAGGUACACCAUUUACA